GUUCCUUCGUUCUAUUCGGAGAGCGUGGGUCGUCCUAUGUUCCACCCGACUUGCGAGCGUAUCUAUUGUUUUGCUCGUUUUCUCCUGCAGUCUCUUGGAGCUUUUUGUAUGUCCAGACGGGUCACGAACGGUGUGCGCUCCUCCUGCGUGUUUAUUCUCGUAUUUGUCUUCUGAGCCGAUCACAAGAGAACUCUCGAAACAAAGAUGAAAAAUGCAGCCCGUUUAUUCCAUCCCCAUCCUCCAUGAUCAUGAUGACACCGUUGUCCAGCGUUGCCAGUGUCCGACCUCUCGGAGUAGUCGUCCUCCUCACUAUGAGGAGUGCCUUAUUGCUGCUUGCGGCUGCCACGCAACUAGCACGCGCAGCAAAAUGGGGCGCCGCGGUUCCAUCCAACGGGCGAUCACGUGACGUCAGUCUGAGUAAUUUAACACUACCAACCCCCGGCGCCACGUCUCCAGCUGCGCUGGAGCGACCGAGCAUUUUCUCCGCUUCCAAGACCCCGAGCCUGUGUUCCUCGCGCAGCUCCCCUACGCGAGGAGAAGACAGUGAAAUAAAUGGUGAUACCAUUAUGGAAGACGACCUUCUAGAUCUUGGUCGGGCUUCUGUUUCUGACGUGACUUCUAGGACAGCACUGGGCGCGGCGCGGGAUGCUGCAUACGGAGCUGCACAAGGGGCAGCAAAUGACCGAACGCAGGCACCGUCCUCUGCAGAAAACGACGACGAGGACGACGACUCCUUGAUAUCAAUCGAGGCAGUUAGCACGGAAGAUGCUGAAGAUACCCAGCCCCACUUGUUCCGAAAACAGUGGACGCUUCCGCGCUGGCUAAUUGCUAUCCUUGGCAGGUGGAAAAAACUUCUGGGUCAGGAAAGUGAAGCUGAUUCUUCUAGGCCUGCAGAAGGCGAAGUUACAAAACGCGUUCGCCGGCGCGGGAUCUUGAUCUUUCAACAAACUACAAGAUGGUAGUUGAUAACGCACCGAAUAGCAACAGCGAAAGGAACGAUCGCAAAUAGCCCAACUAUCUCUAAAGAUCCUGACUCAGAUUUGUUUUCCAUGCACAGCGCCAGAAAAUGACGCUCUUGGUACGUUUCAGGCACAGGCGCAACAUUGGCUAGAACGAGAUGUCGGAGCUGCUCCAGCAGGAGCUUGCUCGGGAACGAACGAUGCCCACCUCCGCGCAGAUCAGAGUGCUACGGCCACCAAAAAGGUUAUCCGCUUCGAGGAGCAAUCCGAACUCGCAGUGGAGGUUUGGGACCUGGUUUUCACCUACGCAGCCCGCGCCCGGCACCUGCCCCCGCUGUUCUCCAUCAGAUCCCACUUACUCCAAACGGAGGAGCACAGGGAAGUACAGCAGCUGUCGCACUUGCUCUUCGAUCUGCUGCAGUACCGCUGCAUCGACUCGCUGGAAAAAGUGAGACAGCAAGCGCGAUUGGUGAUCGCGAGACGGGUGCGGAGGAAGCUUGGGAUAGGAGGGCAAGAGCUCUUCGACACCGUCGGGAAGGAUAAUGAUCAAAAUGCAGAGCAGACCACGAGAACAUCAAAUGGGGAGAGCCUCGUGGUGGCCGCACCAGCGGAAAGCCGUCGCUCUGGCUCAUCGCCACUUUCAUCGACCACCCGCACUUCGUCCACGGAGUGGUCUCAUUUGGAUCCACGCACGCAGAACGAGGAGUGGUUGAAAGAGGUUCUGGCAGGCUCAGCAUUCGUGCACGAGGUAAAGGAAAGAGCGAGGCAGUUGAAGACGAGAGGUCGGCCUGUCCAUGUUGUCCCGUGCAGCUCGCAUCCUUCAGUAGUUGUUGGGCCCCAGAAUACGCCACAGGCUGCGCCACACGGACAGUCUCUGGCUCUCCACCUUGCACCCGCCCAGCGAGACGCCUCUGUGCGAGACGCCGCUCAAACCACGACUACACCAGGUACGCGCAUUUCCAGCUGCUCUUUGGCCAAUUUUCUCGCGGAAGAAAUGUUCUACCACGAGGAGCAUGUCCGCACCAUGGCAGCAACGGUAAAACUCGAAGGACUGCGUUGGUUCGACGAGGAGAUCAUCCGUACUGCUGGAAGACGCCCUCCUAUAGAUGACGAUGAAUCAUGCCAGCGUGCAGGCCGCUGCAAUAACGAACACCCUUCCCUCCCAACAGGAAAAAACAGCAACAGAAGUUCUCUCGUCGACAGCACGACCAGCCUCAGCAAGACAAGUGAGCGGAGCGCCUGGACUUUUUACGAGCAGGUGCCGAAAUACUUGCUACUACUGAAGACGGUCGACUUCAGCGCGAGCAGCACCGGCGCCGAGCUGUCUUUCGGCGCGCAGCUACUCCUUGCCGUCGCGGACGGGAUUGCGAAAUGGAAGGAUGAUAAACAUAACAAUUCCUCCAGUAGCGUGUAUCUGAGUGGUUUCUUCGCGAUUCAGUAUUGGAAAAAGUUCAGCGAGGUGUGGAAGGCCGACUCUUUGUUUCUGAGUCAGGAACUGCUGCAGGUUGUCGUCUUGCUAGUGGUCCGACAUCCGUCUGUUUUGACGCAGUUGGUAAACACGUCCUCGCUGCCCGGGCCGCUUGAUUACGUCGGAAGGGCAUCAAGCGCAACUACAAGGGUUCCUGCUGGGGUGCAGUCUUCCUCACCUUCCGCUACGUCUGAAGAUGUGCAGGAGCAUCUUUCCAAGAAUUCUCCCAGGACACAGAGCGAGCAAGACAAAGUGGAGAAUGAGGAAAAAAAGCAUAGACCGCUGCAGUACUUGAGGAACAAAUUCUGGGAAGCGGGCGUGCGACAGAACGAAGAGCUGUGGCACCAGCUACACCAGGAACAACUGCGCACGACCUUUCCUCCAGGCGACCCUGUGGAUAAAAUUUUUUUCGGCCUGGAAUUUGUCGCGAAAGUUUUCCAGGAAAUACAAAAGAUCGACAUGCAGGCCGGCAGGUUGGACGAGCGAUUUAUCGUGCCCGGUGACGCUGUCGGAUUUUUGAAUCGGGUGAAGGUUGCGACCUCGACGCCGCAGCCAAGCACCGCGCAGCUUUCAUCCCGAAAGCAAGUUUUUCCGGACGGGGAACACAAAGUGAGAAAGCCAAGCUUUCUAGCACGCGCUUUGGCAAAAAGCAAGCCCGGGGGCGAUGAUUUUGGGGCGGAAAGAUUGUACCCAACGAGGAUGGUGCAACUAACAGGAGAUGAAAAAUGGGAGCAGCGGUCGUUUGGUGCGUUAACAACAACAUCACCGUCGAGCUCUUGUAGCACGGCCUGUAGCAGCACAACUGAAACUGCGGCUCCUGAAUCCGACGACGGCGCGGCAACAGGUGCAGCAACCUCCGCCCACCGCAGCCGCAGCUGGCCCCUGAGAUUUGUCGAUGUGUCCUAUUUCUACACGACCGAGAAUGAUCACCAUUCUGCUCCAACAGGUAGUAGUGCAGCCUUCUCCGAGGUAGACACAGAUAGCUGCGCCCGUGGUCCUGAGUGUGGUGAAGCUGGAGUUUCUGAUCAUCCCGGGCUCUCUACUUCAUCAGACGCGAAGCAAGUGUUCCUGUCAGCAAUGACACAGAGACGGCACGCCUUGCAGAAGCUGUAUGACCUGGUGGCGCAGCCUUUCAUACAGGUGGGUGGCGCUAGUACUCCUCGUCGUGACAUCUUCAAUCCGACCGGGGGUAGUGACGACGUUGACCACGCAUCGAAAGACGACAGCCAGCAGCAACCUCCUGAUUAUUCCACCGUCCGCCGGUGCAAGGAACGAGGAAGGAAGAACCUUUUCGAACUGUCCGCGGGACUCGUGUCUCUUUGCCCUUCUGUGUUGGAAGAGCAGAGCUACGUGUUAGUUGGGAAAGAUCAACUUCAACUGGCACCCGCACCAGCGAACAACAAAAUCAAGCUCUACAGCGAAAACUACAGCGCAUACUUUUCGCACUACUGGCACGAGGUUGCUAGUUCUUCGGAGUGGCACGAGUUGCUUAAUGUGGCAUUAGCCGCCCGGAAGACAGGGGAAGAGAGGCCGUUUGUUGUUUUUCAAUCGCUGGAUAGAAGUUGUAGACCUUGUGACGGCCGCGCCAGUAGUCAGCAAGAAGAACGCGAGGCUGCGGCAGGUGCACCUGCAACACCAGACAGGUUCGGACGAGUAUAUCAUCGAAUAAAAAGCGGACCUCCAAAAGGCUCUUCCGGGGAUUGCUCUGGCGAGAUGAUGGCAGUGCCGCCUGCAGCAGCGCCACACUCUUGUUCUACUGCUCCCACCUCCGCGCAAGGGCUACUACAUGUUUGGAGGCUUAAUCUUUUUCACUUCUAAGGAGCGCUGUGCUAAGAUGAAAAUGAAAAAAGAGAAAGAGUUGCUCAUUGAUCGAGUGCAGUCUGACAGCGAUAGCGCACCACAAGAAUUAGAAUACUAAUAGUUCCUAAAUUAUAGUAUAGACCCCGCAGUUGGGUACAUCAUCUUCAAUCACUUCGACAUGACCCGGGUCAAGGACCGCGGGCAUGAACUGUCGCAGAAAUUUUCUGCGUACGUGACAGAAGAGGAGCUCCGUGAAGCUGCAGACAGAUUCCAAUGCCGCGGCGGGUUUUUGCCUUGGAAAGAUUCCUGUUCGGCGGAAACGUACUUUUCGAAAUUUUGAUGAUGCUUCUGGUUUUCAAGAAACAACACGACUGCCAACUGUCAACCCAUAAUUCUGUUUUAUCGCCAGGGUGACACGACACUGACUCAAUUAAAGCAAUGGAAGGUAACACAGUUCUGCUACUCUGAGUGUUUGAAGAAACUAGAACCACUGACAUUUUGCUUUUUUGAGA